AUGCAGCGCGGAGGCACGCGCAAGGAGCGGCUGCUGCGCGCCAAGAUGAAGAAGAAGCUCGCGGACGACGACAGCGCCGCGAUGGGCGCAGGCGCAGCCGCCACGUUCGACGACAUUCUGCAGAUGUCGGACCUCUCGGAGCAGUCGCUGCUGGCGAAUUUGCGCAAGCGCUACGAGCACGAGCUCAUCUACACGUACGUGGGCUCGAUCCUCAUCGCGAUCAACCCGUACAAGCAGCUCGAGGCGGCCUACAGCGAGCACAAGAUGACCGAGUACUAUGGCAAAGCCAUGGGCGCGCUGCCGCCGCACGUUUUUGCGCUGGCCGACCACGCGUACACGCAGCUGAUCCAGGGCGGGGCGCUCGAUCCGGCGAACCAGAGCAUCAUCAUCAGCGGCGAGAGCGGGUCGGGCAAGACCGAGACGACCAAGAUCAUUAUGCAGUACUUGGCGCGCGCGACGAGCUACGAGAAGGCGUCGGACGGGGACACGCCGUUGAGUUCGGUGGGAGUCGAAACGGGUGUUGCAGCCUCGACGGUCCCCGCGGGCAGCAUGUCGGGAGCGCUGGGGAAGCUCGAGGAGCGCGUGCUCGAGAGCAAUCCGCUGCUCGAGUCGUUUGGCAAUGCCAAGACGCUGCGGAACGACAACUCGAGUCGCUUUGGCAAGUUUAUCGAGAUCCAGUUCAACCACCACGGCAAGAUUGUGGGCGCGCAGAUCCUCAACUUUUUGCUGGAGAAAACACGCAUUGUGUCGCAGAGCCUGGGCGAGCGGAACUACCACAUCUUUUAUCAGUUGCUGGCGGGCGCAGACAAUGCGCUCCGGGAACGGCUACACUUGCAGACGCCGCACGAUUACGAGUACCUUCGGAAGAGCGAGUGCUUCCACAUCCACUCGUGCGACGAUGCCAAGGAGUUUCUCACGACGAAGCGAUGCAUGGAGAAUAUUGGUAUCACGGGCGAGCGUCAGGAGAUGGUGUUUCAGCUGCUUGUGGCAGUGCUGCAGCUCGGCAACUUGCAGUUUGCCAUGGAGAACGACACGUGUGUGACUGUAGACGACGACUCGGCCGGUGGCUUGAAGUUCGUGGCGUCGUUACUAAAAGUGAGCGAGGAUGCGCUAUCGAAGGCGCUGCUCACUCGCCAGCUUUAUGUGGGAGGCAAGGUCAUUGUGCAGCAGCAGCAUUCGGAUCAGGUGCGCGACAAGCGUGAUGCGCUUGCGAAGGGCAUUUACUCGUCGCUUUUUCUAUGGCUCGUUUCCGAGCUGAACCGCACGAUCUCGCGCAACCAAGACAAGUGGGGCUUUAUUGGAGUGCUGGAUAUCUAUGGGUUCGAAAAGUUCGAGUGGAACACGUUCGAGCAGCUGUGCAUUAACUACGCCAACGAGAAGCUCCAGCGACACUUCAACCAGCAUAUGUUGGAGGUUGAACAGAACGAUUACGCCAAAGAGGGGAUUGACUGGAAGCACAUUGACUUUGAGGACAAUCAGGAGUGCUUGGAUUUGAUUGAAAGUAAGGUAAACGGCAAGCCAGGCAUCUUCAUUUCGUUGGACGACAACUGGCGUUUGAAGGGAGAAGAAGCGAACAAGAAGUUUGUGUCUAAUCUGCACAACUCUUUCGGUCGUACAUCUAGCGGGCAGUCAAGCGGUAAGAACAAGUUUUACGUGCAUCCGAAGAUGGACGCCGACUUGCAUUUUGGUAUCAAGCAUUACGCCGGUGAAGUGAUUUACGAUGCAAGCGGCUUUAAUGACAAGAACAACGAGACAUUGAAUGACGACAUGAAAGAGCUCAUUCGGCAGUCAAAGAGCGAUUGGCUGCGUGGAAUGUUUGAUCUUAACAUGCAGUCAAUCGAGGCUAUCCCGGGUAACAAGCCACAGCAGCAACACUCGUUCUCGCGCCGGCCAAGUGAGAUGAAGGGCAGGGGUAACCAGCCUGGGAACAAAUCGCGCAAUAUCCGAGAAGUCUCUGUCAGCGCUCAGUUUCGGUAUCAAUUGCAAGAGCUCAUGAACAAGAUUUCGCUGGCGAACCCUCGGUACGUGCGUUGCUUGAAGCCGAACGAAGUCAAGCGCCCCAAUGAGCUCAAUGGUGCCGAUUGCACACGUCAGCUGAAAUACUCUGGUAUGAUGGAGGCGAUUCAGAUCCGCCAGCGUGGUUUCGCUCUUCGCGAGGAUCACGAUGUAUUCUUUUACGACUACCAAUCUCUUGCCCCUGAUGCUCACAAUAUCAAGGAGCUUGCUGAGGAGAUAUCGUCCAUUCUGGGUGCCGGCAAGGAAGAGUGGCAACUGGGCAAGACGAAGGUGUUUCUCAAACGGGCCAUGGCUUCCAAGCUGCGCAAGCUUGAAACGUUACGGUGCAAAUCUGCCGCCCGUGCUAUUCAAAAAUGGGUCCGCAAUAUCGCGAGAGUGGAAGCCACCAUCAGAAUUCAAACAAAGGUUCGUCAGUUCGUCGCGAAAAAGCGGCUGCAAUUGCUGCGUCGUAGUGCGUACCGCGUGAUGUAUGCUCUACGAAGAAGCGUAGCCGUGAGCAAAUACCAACGGAUGCUUGCGGAGUACCGUAUGCGAAAUGGAAAGGCGAUUGUCAUACAAAAGGUUGCGCGCGGAUAUAUGGUGCGCAAGCGAGAUAUGCUUCAUCCGUUUGUAGAGGUGGUGGAUCCUAAGGAGCUAGACGUGAAAAUUGCGUUGAUGGAAAAGGCCAUUGAAGACGCUGUGGCGAGCAAACAGUUCGAGCUGUGUGCGAAUUUGCAGUUAGAGCUUGAAACGAUCGUCGAGGCUCGAAAAAAGGUUCGCACCGCAAAGGAAAUUGAUGCCGAAAUUCUGAUGCUGAACAAGGAUAUGGAAGCGGCUGCAAUGUCAAAGCAGUUCGGCCUAUGCGCGGAAUUACAGAAGAAGCUCGAGGUGCUGCAAGAAGCCCGGAAGAACGUAAAAGAAGACCUGGACGAGCUGGAAGCGGAAGAGCUCGAUGAGCGUAUUCGUGCUACGGAAGCAACUAUUGCUGAAGCAUUACUGGCACGUGAUUAUGGCAAGUGCAGCGACUUGCAGGUCAUCUUGGACGCCCUGGUGUUUGCUCGGAAACAGAAGCAGACGCUUGAGGAAUUGGAUGCUGAGUUGAAGACGCUGAAUCAAGAACUUGCUGACAUGCUGCAGCAGAAGCAGUUCGACAAGUGUGCCGAGCUUCAGAAAGAUAUUGAUGCCGUGAAGAAGAAACGAGCAAAGUUUCCUGCCACUUUGAAAACAGCUACCCCGCUACCUUCUCCGCAGAAGCGUGUGCCACCAGCGAUUUCAGCAGCAGCAGCCCCUUCCCCGAAGAACAAAACGCCUUUACCAGAGGAGCCCGAACCACAGCCUGCUACACGGACGCCUCCCGCACCGAGCUCUGCACCUGCUGCUCUGCCUGGUGAGAAGCGGUCUGCUUCCGAGGGUCUUCAAGUAUCAGCCCUACAGGCAUGUCAUGCAGCUCCAGCUCCAUUGGCCAGCCCACUUGCAUCACCUUCGGCACAAUUGCGUAAAGAACCUUCGGCAGUUGCUGCACCAGUAAAUACCUCGACCGUCUCCAAAGAAAUUCCUGCGGCACCCAGUGCGGUACCGAGACGGCCUCCCGCAAUUUACAAUGGACCUUCUCCGAGCGUUCGCUGGGAGUCGAAAACCCUAAACCCAGUGAUGCCUUCUACGAAGCAGCCACCGUUUGAGCAUCGCCGGCGAUCAGGUUCAAAUAGCUCGACAACGUCAGGACAUUCUUAUGCGAAGUCGCAUUCGUCGAUGAUGUCUACGUCUUCGAAAGCGAAAAAGCCGUCGUCAAUGGCGGACCCGUCACGCACGGUUGCUCGCCUCCGUCCGGCCAAAGCAAUUACCGUUCGUGAAGAUUCGACUGUGUUGGAAGCUGCAAGAAUGAUGAAAUCUCAUCGCGCCGCCGCUAUUCUCGUGACUAACUGGGAAGGAGCUUUGACUGGUAUUUUCUCCGAUACGGAUGCUGCACAGCGUGUAGUGUCGAAGGGCUUGAAUCCCGCCAGAGUUGCUAUUGCGUCAGUGAUGACACGGAACCCCAGUUGUGUCAGCCUGGAGGAUAGUGCAGUAGAUGCUAUGGAUACAAUGCUUAGCGGAAAAUUUCGCCACUUACCAGUAAUUAGUUCCCAGAGCGGUAGUAUCGUUGGAGUGCUCAACGUUGCAAAAUGUUUGCACGAUGCGAUCCGACGAGCAGAGAACAUGUCAGCUUCACUACAGCAGGAGCUUGGAGCAAAGAGAGACAACGUCUUGCUGCGUGGAAUGCUUGAAAAAAUGUUAUCUCCCACGCUCCGUGAUGUGCUGUCCGCGCCAGGUGAGGUCAUGGCACCGCUUGUGUAUGGAAACAUGACGGUCUACGAGGCAACGACUUACAUGGCGGAGGCCAGAAGACCAGCUUUGGUGGUGUCGUCUUCUUCGGAAUUGCAGAGCCUCAUCGGAAUUUUCACUCCGAAAGACUUGUUGCUUCGCGUGAUUGCGGAAGAUUUGGAUGUGAACACUACGUCCGUCAGUGAUGUGAUGACUCCGAACCCGGAGUCGGCCGCACCAGAGACAUCAGUGCUCGAUGCCUUCCAUAUCAUGCACGAUGGGAAGUUUCUUAAUUUGCCGGUGGUAUCGUCGGGUUCCGGCGAGAUCAUGGGUGUGGCUGAUGUACUAUCCCUUAGCUUCGCAACUUUUGGUGAGUCUCGCGAGAUUGGUAAGCUGUUGAACGCUGCAUUCGACUAUCACGAUGAUGAGACUACGUCAAUGACGUCAGGCAGAUCGAUGUCCACUUGGUCUGUUGCUAGCAAGGUUCGCCAACAGAAAGACCGCGACAAAGGCGUAAGUGUCCGUCCAGUGUCCAGUUUGCGCCCUCUUCCCGCCAUCACUAUUGAUGAAGUCGCAACAGUGUUUGAAGCUGCGUUAUUGAUGAAGCAAAAGCGAACGGACGCUGUGCUUGUUGUUGAUGAAAGUGGAGGUUUGAAUGGUAUUCUUACUGAUACCGAUAUAUGUCGCCGCGUGCUGGCGCUGAAUUUGAUUCCAGAAGAGGUUCCUAUAUGUAACGUGAUGACGAGAGACAUUAAGUACGUAUCGCCUAAUGACAGUGCGAUUGACGCGCUUCUGUCGAUGCAAGAGGGACAUUUUCGUCAUUUGCCUGUUGUUGACGGCAACAGUAUAGCUGGUGUCCUGAAUAUCGGCAAGUGCAUCUACGACGUCUCGAAGCGUCUCGAACACGCCAUGCACUCGACGGAUCAGUUGAAGGCGUCGCUAGAGAAAAGUGGCAAAUCUUCAGCUCUUCAGCACCUGCUUGCCCCAAUGCUGGAAAAGCUCUCGGCACCUACUUUGGGCUCGAUCGUGCACAACGAGAUGCAAAAUGGUGCGACACCGGCACCACGUCUUCCGAAGUCGUCUUUAGUGAGCGAAGUCGUGAAGGCGAUGGCAAUGACAAAGAAAGCUGCGCUGAUUGUUGAUGAUAUUGACCCUGAUAAGCUCGUUGGCAUCUUCUCUCCUAACGAACUGGUGCUCAACGUAAUUGCCAAGGGUCUCAAGGCUUCGGCCACAUAUGUGGAAGACGUGAUGCUAAAUGACCCUGAGAUUGCCACGCCAACGACGUCCGUGCUGGACGGGUUGCAAAUAAUGCACGAUUCCCGCAUUCUCAACUUGCCUGUACUGAAGGAUGAUUCGAACGAACUCGUCGGUAUGGUAGACGUUCUUGAUCUCAGCUAUGGCACGAUCGACGCAAUAUAUGGUGAGGAUCGCGAGCAGAUGCAUGAGUUCUGGAACACGACUCUGCAGCUCGAUCAACCAUCUCUGCCAUCGGAGGCAGGUGACCGUGAGCGCACCACGUUGUUGUCGAGGGCAGAGCGUGAGGAGAAGAGUCGCACAGUGGCGAAGCUGCGGCCAACGAAGGUGCUGACUGUUUCGGAGACAACAACCAUUGCGGAGCUAUCACGAACGAUGGGUCGAAAGAAAAUGGAUUGUGUUCUGGUAGUAUCCGAAGAUGGGAUGCUUGCCGGUAUAAUCACGGACACGGAUUUGACGCGCCGUGUUGUAGCGGAAAACAGGCCACUAGAUUCCACGCUAGUGGGUGAUGUCAUGACUCGUAACCCUGUGUUUGUGUCGAUGGAUGACCCUGCUGUUGAUGCGCUUAUUACCAUGCUGGAAGGCAAGUUCCGUCAUCUACCGGUUGUCGAGCGCAACGGUCCCGUUGUAGGCAUCCUAAGCAUUGCGAAGUGUUUGUACGAUGCGAUCCGGAAGAUGGAAAAGUCAGAGCAGUCAUCUGCGUUAUUGCGUCACACGUUAGAGAAGGAGAUGAUGAGCCGCGUGAGUGGGAAUGGACGUUCUGGUGGAGUUUCUCACCUUCUUGGUUCUAUGGUGGACAAGAUGUUUGCGCCGGACCUCAAAACGCUGGUUGAUGAAGAAGGCAUUGACCCCCCUCGCGUACAGCGUUACACGUCUGUGUACGAAGUGUCGAAGCAAAUGGCUGUCACCAGAAAGGGAGCUCUGGUUGUAAAUAAUCGCGGUCAGUUCUGUGGCAUUUUUACGCCCAAAGAAUUGCUAGAGAGAGUGCUCGCUCGUGGCUUGCCUGUCCACACGACACCUGUGUGCGAAGUGAUGCUGGAAAAAGAUGUGACCAUAAGUGGGACAUCUUCGGUGGUUGACGCUAUGCACACGAUGCACGACAACAAAACGUUGUACUUGGCCGUGAUGCAAUCUGAGGGCAACAAAAAGCCCAUUGGUCUGAUUGACGUGCUCUCUCUAAGCUAUGGUUCGUUCGCGAAGGGUAAGCCGAGCGAAUGGAAAUCCUUUUGGAAUGCUUCAUUUGAGGCAACUGGCGACGAUGUGUCGUCGCACCACAGUUUCUACAGCGGAUUUUCUCACAACAUUGCGCCAAGCACCAGUGGCGUUAGCCAAAAGAGCCGACAAGCGGUUUUGGCAACAGGAAACGUGCGCCCUGUAUCGAAGCUGCGGCCGUCGAAGGCGAUUACAAUUUCGGAGACAGUCUCAGUUGCUGAUGCUGCCAAAGAGAUGAGUGUCGCGCAAACGGACGCAGCGCUAAUCAUCGGGCGGGAUGGCGGGCUUCUCGGUAUCCUUACAGAUACCGAUGUGACUCGACGCGUGGUGGCUUUGGGCAAUGAUCCGUUUUAUGUGAGCGUGCUGGAUGCAAUGACCCCAGACCCGAAGUUUGUUGACGAACGCGAUAGUGCCAUGGAUGCUAUGUUCAUGAUGCUUGAGGGUAAGUUCCGUCACUUGCCGGUCGUAGACGAAUCAGGUAUGGUUGCGGGAAUGCUUCGUAUUCAGAAGUGUCUUUACGACGCCAUCACACGUAUUGAGAAAGUGCAGCAGCUGUCAAGUGGCCCGCUCCGGCAACGCCUCGAUAAGCAGUUACAAGCUACUGGUAUUGGUGCUGGCCAGGGCGCGCUGAAGCAGCUUGUAGGUCCUAUGGUGGAGAAGCUUCUUUCGCCCACGGUGGACUCCAUUCUGGAAGACGAGACGCUUCCUCCUCUCGUAAGUAAGCACGAUACGGUGAUGGAAGUGGCGCGCCAGAUGGCUGCGUCUCGUAAGGCCGCACUGAUUGUGGACGAUCCGACAAGUGAUAACAGCUCUUCUGUCAGUGGAGGACAGCGCUCUUCGAUUAGCACUGGAAGCUACGACAUCGGCACCUCGGCACUCACAAGAAAAGUACUGGGUGUGUUCACGCCGAAAGAUCUAUUGCUACGGGUAACCGGUGCAGGUCUGGACGCCGCCGAGACGACAGUCGGUGAGGUCAUGACGCCUGAUCCCGAGACGGCUCCACCGCAGACAAAGCUUAUUGAAGCAUUGCACAUCAUGUAUGAGCACAAUUUCCUGCACCUGCCGGUCGUCAACAACGAAACAUCGACGAUUGUAGGCAUGCUGGAUGUGCUGUCCUUGUGUUACGGUACAUUCGCAAGCGGCGCUGCAGCUGAAAGUGGCAAGGCCACCGAUCAAGACUUGGAUUGGCGUGCCUUUUGGGACUUGUCCCUGGCCCUCGAUUACGAUGAAGAUAGCUUCAGUGAGCUCGCUAGUAUGACUGGCUCACGAAUUUCGCGCCGACGCCCUGGUAGGUACACGGAAAGCCACCACUCUUCCAUGAUCGACCAUGUCGCUGAGCCGGAAGGCGCGAUGCGUCCUGUGUCGAUGUUGCGACCUCAGGAGGUGACUCGCAUCAACGAGUUUAUCACUGUGUCGGAGGCUGCGAAGCGCAUGCGGCAAGCUCGUGUUGAGGCGGUAGUGGUGACGACAGAGGAGGGCGAGCUUCGUGGUAUCUUGACGGACACUGACAUCACGCGCCGCGUUCUGGCGGAAGAUCUGGAUCCGGAGAGCUGCUCCGUAGCGUCAGUGAUGACCACAAAGCCUUCGUGUGUGUACAUGGAAGACCAGGCGAUUGAGGCUAUAACGAAAAUGCUAGAGGGUCGGUUCAAGCACUUGCCUGUCCUCGGCUCUGAUGGCAUACCACAAGGUAUGCUGGACAUCUCGAAAUGUUUGUACGACGCUAUAACAUGUCUCGAGAAGGUGCAGCAGUCAACAGAGGCGGCAGCGUCUGAAUUCUCGCGGGAUCUUGGUUCCGGAUCAAAUUUGCAGCGACUACUCGGCCCCAUGAUGGAGAAAAUGGUACGGCCUACCGUGGGAGAUGCACUCGACGGCGAGAUCAUGCCGCCAGUCGUGAAUAUUCAUACCACGGCUGCACGCGCAGCAAGGCUGAUGGCAAACACGAAGAAAGCUGCGAUCGUUCUGAAUGAUGACCAGGAGCUGUGCGGUAUGGUGACAACCAAGGAUCUGCUGCGCAAGCUCGUGGCGAAGGGGCUGUGUGCGGAAAGCACUACGGUGGAAGAAGUGAUGACGGUGGACCCAGAUCUUAUGGGGCCCGACGUAAGCAUUGUGGAAGGCUUGCGUUCCCUGCACGAUGCCCGCCAGCUGUUCAUGCCAGUGCUGGCAGACGAUGGCGAGAUCCUAGGUAUGGCGGACGUCAUUUGUCUGAGCUACGGCCAGUUUCAGACCACUUCGGGUGGUACAUCGAAUGGCGACUGGAGACAGUUCUGGCAGACCGCGAUGAAUUUGCAAGAAGAAGUAGCGGGAGGUGCGUAUGGCGGAGUGAACGAUGACGCCCGUUCUGUGGGCACUAUCGAGGAGUUCGAACGUGACGAGUUUAAUGCUAGAGGCAGCAUCUCCACUCCGACGGCUAGUGCUGUGGGUACCAAUGGAGCUGGCCGGUAUUCAAAUUCGCUGGGUGCGUAUGCGGAACUGGGCGAGAGCGUCUCCGUCGUCAGCGGUGCCAACACCACGACGACAAGUGUCUUGAUGCAGAAGUCGACAGACGAGAACACUUUUGUCUUCAAGAUUAGCGACGGACCGCAGGGCCAUUUCCAUCGCAUAAUGUGCCAGUUCCAGUCAAUUGGCCCACUCCUGGAUCAGAUUCGAUUCAAAAUGGGUCUUGACAACAACGAGGCGCUGCGGCUUAAGUACAAAGACGACGAGGGGGAUUUAGCGCUGCUGACGUCCGAUGAGAGUCUUGUUGAGGCUGUGCACAUGGCUCAGCGCGUCGGGUGGAAGCGUUUAGUGAUGGAGGUAGAUGUAGUACAGCGUCAGCAACAUGACGGCAACGGUAGUGUUGUCAGCUCAGCUGCGAGUGCGGCUACGAGUGAGUCAAACGCGGCCGGCUCCAAGCCGCACAGCCGGUUGCUUACCAAGGUAGACGAGAUGGCAUCGCAUGAGGGCAGUAUCGACGGCAGCAGUUCGGACGAGGAGAUCGUACGACGGAAGAGCAAGAAAUCUCGCCGCAUGAAUCGUCAUGGCGGUCGCAGCUACCACAGCUUCUCGCUCACGAACAACGUCAUUGCUGGUGGAGCCGCGACACUGGUGGGUCUGGGUGCUGUAGCUCUUAUGCUGAUGCGGCGCAAAUAG